GUGGGAGUGGUAUUGUAUUUGCAUUUGUGGAAUGAGUGCAGCCGUUGGAUACAGUUAAGCAUUAGAGCUGGACCUUUCACUCAUUACCUCAUGUCACUCUUGAAAGUGAGCAGUGCCUUGAGCUGGCCAAUAAUUACAAGGGCAUGCUGGGGUCCGUGUGUAUGUGUGUGGGCACUUGCUAAACAGGAGGCCACUGAUCGGUUCUUUUGUGUUUGACAUUCGGGGAGUUGGAGAGAAUGAAGUGGAGAUUGAACCCUCUGUGACAGAGGAUGGCGGGGUUUUAUAGCUGCCUUCGAGGCACUUCAGGAGACUAUAUUAUGGCUACAGGACUGCCAGAUGCAAGGCAGACUUCAGAGGCUGAAGAGCUCAGUGAGGAGAGUCCAGGGAAGAAGAAGUCAAAAUUUAAAACCUUCAAAAACUUUUUUGCCAAGAAGAAGAGAAAAGAGCCAGCCGCGCCCACGAGCGAAACCAGCCUGAAGCCAAGUCAGUCGAGCAGUGAUGUCAGCACCCCGGGUCCUCCGCCAGCCUUGCCUGACUCGGAGAAAGAAACCGGCUCUCAGAGUAGCAUGGGAAACCGAGCAGUGUCACAUGACAGCAUCUUUAUUCCGGAAUUAUCCGUCUCCGAAACCGUGCCUGUUGGAACGGCGUCCCAGGAGAAUUUACCUGGCAGGGUGAAGGCACUGCAGCUACAACUUCAACAGAACAUCAGACUUGCUUCUCCCGAUAUGGUCAUUUCCACGAAAAAGACUGACGAUGCGGGAACCAGCUCAGAGGAUGAUGGGUUACCUAGAAGUCCUCCAGAAAUGUCAUCUCUUCACACGGUUCUCACAUAUUCCACUGCCAAGUCUCCGGACCCUGUUGAGCGACAUAGUUCAUUAAGUUUAGGUGGAACAGAAAGUGAAGAUGAAGAACAGAUCUCCUCAGGGUCAUCUUCCAGACCUCUGAGUCCCCUGUCACCACUGCUUCUCACAACACCUACAUCGGCAAGCUGUGACUCGCUUCCUGUUGAUUUCAGCUUUCCGGCUAAUCCCCUGGCCUGCUUGGAUAACUCGGCAGCAAAGCACAAGAUCGCUGUUAAUCCUCGCAAACAGAAGACAUUUGCUAAACAGAUGAAACCAAUUAGUAAAGAAAACUGUGCAAGUCCAAGGAUUUCCAAAUUCAUUUUUCAUGGAAAGAAAGAUGAAAAUGAAAAACGGGUCACACCUGCUGAAGCUAAUCCUCCAGAACCAAACAAGAAACCAGAUGGCUUGUUAGCACAACAAGAGAACACUUCAAACAACAAUGUUCAGAAUAACGAAGAGAUUUGUCCAAAGUUGCCUCCUGUGAUUGAAGAGCAGUCUACAGAGAAACAUUGUCAGAGUACAGAAAUGGUUGACUCUCCCAGGCACAGUUCAGUGCUUGAAGACACACCUGAUUUCAACUCCACAGAUCCCCAGAAUGGCAGGGUGUUGCCUAACCCAAUUGGGGCAGCAAACAUAGCAGAUGCUGAAAGAGCAACGGAAACUGAAGAGGUUCCUGAUCCUCACAAGACUUCUGACUUGCAGGGUCUUCUGCCAAAAAUGUUGCCGAUGUACAAUGAAAGUGUCAAUUCUACUUGGGAAGAUAAUGAAGAAGACAUUCCUUUUCCCUCUCUGGGAAUGUCGACAGUUUGUGACACAUCAGUGGGGUUAUGUGAAAUACAAAAUAAGUGCAAAGUUGUAGUUAAACCCAAUGAAAGUGUUACAGUCGGAAGCACUGAGGAAACAUUGUUUUUCUCUGGUGCUGGCAAACCAGCAUCACUCAAUUGCAUCUCGGAUGCUUUGCACGUUGAAAAUUCUUUGUUGCCUUGCAGGAGGUCAUCAGUCCCUGAAAUGGAUAACAAAAUUAAUGAUGAAGAAAAUGUUCCAACUACUUUGCUACCACAAAAUUGCUCGACUCCUAAAGAAGUGAGGGGACCUGCUGCUGAGAGAUUUUAUUCAACCAAAGAAAAUAAAAUGCACCAAGAAAAUGUCUUGUCAGAGCAAUCAAUAACACCGGAGGCAGAUGGAGAGAAUUUAUUGAGCAACAGUUCAAUCUUCAUGUCGCCUCUGUGCAAUGAACCGACAAACAAUAUUAUUUUCACAGCGGAAGUUCCACUUGAAGAUUCAGCGAUUGAGUCAGACUCUUCUGUUACACAACUACCUUCCAAACAGGAACAGACUGAACUUUUGCCUUCUAUGGUACAGACUGGUGAGACAUUACAGGAAGAUUGGACAUCAGUAAAUAAGGGAUCAGUCAAAUUCUCAAUUGCUUCUGCCUGGCAGAGGUCUCAAUCUGUGACUCCCCAAAUGAGGGAAGGUUUAAUUACAGAUUAUUGUCCACAGUCAGUGUCCAUGUCUAAACAUUGUGAUAACAAACCUGAUGACAAUGUAAGCAAAAAGUCACCCUCCCCGGGUACAGAAAACUCCAUGAAACAUCAAGGGGAUCUCAACCGGUCUUGGAAAAUCAAAGCCGGUGGAACCAAAACAAUUUCUACUGACAAACCAUGUUCCACAGAUGUUUUGAAAGAACAAAUAAAUACUGAAUUGGAUUGUAGUGGGAACCCAUUUGGUGUUAGACUUCGACGAACAUCGCCUCUUUUCAAAUACCCUGCGGAAAGUAAUCUUCAGAAAAAUGUAUAUGAGAAAGAGCCUGUGGGAACCACACUGUGUAUUGCUCCACGCCCCAACUCACCUGAGAGAGACAAUCCUGUAAUGAACAAGCAAACAGCGGAAAGUUUGUUAAAUAAGACAGUAAAGGGUGAUGAUGGAGAUGCAUCUGGAUCCUUGUCAGUGAAAAAUAGGCAUCUACCAUCAAUAAAAUGUGAUUCAAUAGAAACCUCAUCCCAAUUUGAAACACAAGAAAAACAUGUUGUUCAAGAAAAGAAUGAAAAGAAAAGUAUAGAAAUGAAAGUGGGGAUCAGUAAAACUUCAGAAAGGAUGGCAGAAUCGGGAAAACCUACCACAUUAGAUACCGUGAGUACAGAAGCAAGUACCUCAGAGCCUGUGUGGAUAUCCAUGGCUAAACAAAAACAAAAGGGCUUUCAAGAACAACACUUGGGAACAGAACAAAGAUCUCAAUCCACAGAACACACAACGUUGGUCCAAAUAGACUCCAGAAUGGAAGUAAAGCAUCUAAACACAACUGGAGAAAAUAACUCUACAUCCAGCUUUCUAAACAAAGACGUUAACAUUAAUGUGAAGGAGGAAGAACAAGCUAAGAUGACUAGACUAGCUCCAUCAGGUGCACUUUUGCAGCCCAAGUUGCAAGAUGGGACUCUGGAAAAGAAAGGGAAAAGCCCAUCAAACAUCAGAAUUGCUCCACUCGGAUCAGCAGAACCUCCGUGGCUGGCCAUUGCCAAGAAGAAAGCGAAGGCAUGGAGUGACAUGCCUCAAACUGUUCAAUAGAACCUAUAAUUUAGAGAGAAAUUUCAAACAGUAUUGAUAUUCAUAGUAUUUGUGAGGCAUCACUUUGAAUGCGUUUAACACAGGUUUGAAUUCUGUGGCAUGGACUAUCUUUAAUAUUUGUGGAUAUUUCCAUCGAAAGAGCUCCUUAUUUUCAAAUGACUUUAGCCACAUUUGUUCAAGUGAUUUUAACAUGCAGACUUUUUUGAGGAUGAUCGGAGUAUUUAUCUCCGCAAUACUGAUCCUGUUCCAGAAAGUAUCUGGAAGUAUUAUUUGUAAAACAAAACACUUUGCCCAGUGACUGUGGAAAUACUCUGCACAUUCUUGAUUCUCGGCUAAUAUCCUAUGCAACUGAAGGUCUGGAUAUUUCUAUCUACUCUGUUGGAUAUAUUUGUGUUGACAACAAUAGAUUUUGUUGCCUGCUGUAUCAUAUUCAUGUCAUGCGGAUUGUGUCGUUUGUACUUUUAACGUGUGCACUUUCUUUUAAACAAAUCCAAGUUGUCACAGGAAAUGGAUAAUUCAUUUUCAGGGUGGUCCUCCGUGCCAUUUUAAAUCAUUUGUGGGAUACAAUUCCACUUGGGUCUAGAUUCAUGCUAUAAAGGUAGCAUUCAAAGCAUCCAAAACUUGACAAAUUGUAGAAUCCAGUCUUAACUUUGAAGAUGUUUUUUGGUAGUUCUUAAAAUAAUGUUCAGGAAAACGGCUUCAAAAUUAAGGCUGUAUUCAAGAAUUCACCAAAUUCUGGAUAUGAGACAUAAACAGAGAAAAUCUGGACUCUGGUAGGAUUUUACCCAUUGGUGCCAUUUCUUUGUUAAACUUUAUUCCUGCAACCUUAUGAAAGGAUACAUGUUACUUUAUCCUAACUACUUUAUCCUAUCCUAACUGCCAUCUAUCUCUUUUUACCAUUUACAGUAUUAAUUUUAAGAAACCUCUAUGUUUCAAGAAGCCAUGAUCUUUGACCGAUCAAACUAACAGUCCUUGAAGAAAUUAUGUUCAUAUAAGUGUUUGAUCUGUCUAAUCAGAUCUAGUAGAUGAUACUAGUAUUCAAGUCCUCAACCAGAGUUUCUGUCUAUGUGCAAAACUUAAUUUGUAACAUACAAAAUUAAAUGAAAAUGCUAUUUUUCAUUUCAUCUCCCAGUGACUCACUGGGUCAAUGGACUGUGUUUCUCAUCCAUACAGAAGAGGGAGUUCCCAUGUUCAAGCUCUGAUCUUGCAUUAGUUAGAUGAUCUCAACCAAGGUGGCGGUAGCUGAGGUAUCCAUGUCCCCAGUGUCUCUAAAACAGAAUGGGGGGAAAAGGAAAAACAUAAGCUUAGGCCUUUGUUUUUGAUCGCUACUGAGUGCUGAUUCCCUGGCUGGAAAAAGUGAAUAUAUAGACGUAUGAUUUUACAGUAUUCAUGUGAAUUGUUAACUAAGAAACCCACAUACGAACUCCUUCCAGUAACUGCGAGUGGAUGACAUACAUACAAACAAACAAACAAAUUUACAUUGGUAUAGCGCUUUUCACGCCGAGAGGACGUCCCAAGGCUCUGACAUACACCAUGACCAAGCAAACAGUGCUGAAAGGAGUGCACUUCAGCUUUACAUUCCUGACGGUCAUCUCCAUGGACAUUCGAGAUUUCUCAAUUAAGAAAAAUAAUGCAAAAUUAACCCCGUUAAUUGAUUAAGCUAUACAUUAUUCACUUCAUACUGUUAUUUUUCCAACGAGUCACCGAACGAUAAUGGAGUGCUGCAAUUGGAAAAGAAGCAUUGUUUAUGUACCAGUCGGUGUGUAUCACGUGUAACAAGCAUUGCUAUUUACCAUUGUGUAAAGUUAAUUAGUCACAUCAUUAUUUCAAUUUCUUUUGUACUACAAAUUUUAUUUCCUAAAAAUAUUUAUGCUACUCCUUUGCUAUUAAAAUAUAUUAAAACAAGU